CAAACUGAGGCAUAGCCUCAAACGACCACAUUUCCCAUGAUGCACCGCGCAGCAGAGCUCCAUGUGGAUGUGGAAAUCGCGCGUGUACAUGACAUGAGGCAUGGACCGCAGGGAGGACUCUCUUUAAACCCAGAGCAGACCUUCAUGAAGUGAAUGAUCUGUAGGUGGCGCUCUAUAGGUGGGGGGAGGUGAUGCAGCGGAUGUGGUCUUCAGUCACGCUGCGGCAGGUGUCUCUGCUGCGUUCUGCGUACCUGGGUCACGCCUGGGCCGCACGUCAACUGCCUUCGACCAUCCAGGCCUCGCGCUCCUUUAGCUGCACUAACGUUGUGAGGGUGAACAAAGUCCAUAAAACGCCUGUGGAGGAAGAAACGCCAUUGGACCCUCCGCAGAGUCUUGCAGGAACUGAGGGUCUUUACAAGGCUGAUCCCAGGUCUGUAGAGACUUCCACUGAGAAUAAGGGCGAUGUCGAUCCUCUGCAGGACAAAUCUAUUGGGCUUUUCCAGAGAUUUAAGAAGACGUUUAAACAGUAUGGUAAAGUGAUGGUGCCCGUGCAUAUCGUCACAUCCACUGUAUGGUUUGGGAGCUUCUAUUAUGCUGCGAUGAAAGGAGUAAAUCUGGUCCCGUUCCUGGAGUUCAUUGGUUUACCGGAUUGGAUGGUGGGAAUUUUGCGUGAUUCCCAGGGUGGCUAUGCACUCACAGCCUAUGCAAUGUAUAAGCUUGCUACACCUGCCCGAUACACCGUUACACUUGGCGGCACGUCCCUCUCCGUCCAAUACCUCCGUAAACAUGGAUACCUCUCCACCCCUCCGCCUGUUAAAGAGUACAUACAGGACAAAAUGGAGGAGACCAGGGAAAGACUGACUGAAAAAAUGGAGGAGACAAAGGAGAGAUUUUCAGAGAAAAUGGAGGAAACCAAAGAACUGCUGUCGGACCGAAUGGAGGGGACCAAAGAGCGUUUCUCCGAGACGAAAGACAAAUUUUCUGAGAGACUUCAGGAGACAAAAGACAAAAUGUCUUUCCGUAAGAAACCUGAUUAGGUAUUUGCUGUGAUUGAAGAAAUCACACACAGUCAAUUACUCAAGGAGAAUAGUUGGUAAAAACUCAAUUUCACAAGCUCAAUAACUGUAUCACGGGUUUUUUAGUGCACUUGUAUGUAAGUCUUUGUUGACUUUGUAAGGUACUGAAUGUUCACCUACAACUGUUGGUCCGUGUUCAUGAAACACAAAUGUUUGUUAAAAUAAUGAUAGGAAUACAUUCUCAUGUAAAUGCAUUAAACUGUAUGUAACAAGGUACAAAUUGUUUGCCAAACAAUUUGCACAACCAUUUGUCUUUGGGUUUCAUGAGUAAGGUAACAAACUUGAAAUAUUGCAAUAAUGUUAAAUUCACCAUAUCAGGCUAAAAUCAGGACUGUGUUUGUGUAAAAUUAUUAAUUUUAAUAUUACAUUUUGAAAAGUAUUUCUACUUGACAGCCAAGUGAUACAUAUCAAUAUCUGUAAUUGAUAUUUAAUUUGUGUUGUGUGUCUGUAUUUGAAUUCUUGUGCAUGAUGCCUACACAAUCUAGAUCGGUCCUUUUCCCAUAUAACAAUGUACGUUUUGUAUUGCACUGUUUAUGGACUAUCUGGGAUGCAGACGGUGGGAAAAUAAAGAACAUUUAUUACAUA